GAAACAACGAAAAAAAACGCCACCUGCUGGAGGGAGACAGAGUUUCUGCCGAGUUGGGCCACUCUCACCGUCUUCCUCUCUAGUGACUGACAAUUUAUUCGCCAUAAAGAAUCUUGGGAUAUCACCGGAAGCACAAGUAGAUAGGUUUUCAAAGUGUCCUUGUGCACUCACCUAGAAGUUUACCAAAAUGUACAGACAAUUUAUGAGACUUCAGCAGCUGUCCUGCCGGACUAUCUCCAGUAGUGCCCGCAGACAAGUGGACAACAUGGUCAAGGAGAAGCAGAAGCUGUUCCAGGCAGAUAACGGGAUACCAGUCCAUCUGAAGGGAGGAGCCAAGGAUGCUGUUCUGUACAGGGCAACGAUGGCCCUUACAGUCUUUGGAAGUGGAUUUGUCGUGUAUGAACUCCUCAAUGCAGCAAUGCCCAAGAAGGCAUGAGUGCCCUUAUCCAUUUCCAUCCCUAAAUGAAUCUUCUCUGUGGUACAGAUGUAUGAUCUGGGAGAUUUCUUUUUGUCCUGUCAAUAAUGCCAAUUUGUUUCAUGCAUGGGAUCAAUAUUUAUUGAUUGUUCAAUGAAUGUACCAUAGAGAAUAAAACAACCACAAUACAAAGUCUUA